AUAAAACCACAGUGAAAUUUGAAAGGAGGUAUGAAAAGGAGUCACAUGCCUGACCAACAAGCUACAGGAAGAGAAUUUUGAUAUGUGUGGCAUAAGACUGUAAUGGUGUUAUAUGACCUUCCACAACCAUUUCCUCCCGAACACCAUCCCUUAAUCUUCUGGCUCAAUGGGCUCCAGCCAUACAAGCUCAUGGAUGCUACUCAAACAUACCAUACCUGACCCUGAAGGACUUCGCAUCUGUUUUUCCCACUUCUGGAAAGCCUUUUUUCAAAAUACCCACAUGACUUUAUAGCACAACUCCAUAACUCCAAAACUUCUUUUGUACGCUUUAUUUUUCCCUUCAGUAUUUAUCUUCACCUAAAAUAUAAAUGUUUCACUCACGUGUCUUCUUUUUUGUCUGCAUCCCUGAUGAGAGUCAAGUAACAUGGCCCUGCUCUUCCCACAGGUUCUUUCAGCAGAAGCACUUAUGGACCCUGUACUGGGCUCUGUGACCUUUGAGGAUGUGGCUGUAUACUUUUCCCAGGAGGAAUGGAGGCUUCUUGAUGAGGCUCAGAGAUGCCUGUACCGGGAUGUGAUGCUGGAGGUCUUUGCGCUUUUUGCAUCAUUGGGUUGUUCAGGUGGAGCAGAGGAUGAGGAGAUACCUUCUGAGCAGAAUGUUUCUAUAGAAGUGUUACAAAUAAAUACUCCAAAGGCAUAUCUGUCCACCCAAAAGGUCCAUCCCUGGGAGAUGUGUGGCUUGGACUCAGAAGGUGAUUUGCAUCUAGCUGAGGACCUGGGAGCAAACCCUGAGCAGAAACUAUGUGGGGCAUGUGGGAAAUUUCACCAGCACCAAAACCAGCACAGUGGAGAGAAACUCUUCAGAAGGAACAUGGACAAGGCCUCCUGUAUUAAGAGCUGUAUAGUCCAUGUGUCAGAGAAACCCGUCACAUGCUGGGAGGCCAGGAAGGACUUCUCUGAUAACCUGAGCCUUCUCCAGCACCAGGUCACUCACAGCCAGGGGAAGCCACAAAAGGACAUUGAGUGUGUGGAGGCCUUUCACAGUGGGCAAAGGCACUAUAAGUGCAGUGAAUGUGGGAAAGCCUUCUGCCGCAAAUACAGACUUGCUCAGCACCAGAGAGUCCACACCGGAGAAAGGCCCUAUGAGUGCAGUGAAUGUGGGAAAACCUUCAGCUACAAACACAUACUUGUUCAGCACCAGAGAGUCCACACUGGAGAAAGGCCUUAUGAGUGCAGUGAAUGUGGUAAAGCCUUCAGCAACAAACCCACACUUGUUCGGCACCAGCGAAUUCACACUGGAGAAAGGCCUUAUAAAUGCAGUGAAUGUGGGAAAUUCUUUAGCCAAAGCUCCAGCCUUAGUGAACAUCAGAGAAUUCACACUGGGUCACGGCCUUAUAAAUGCAGUGAAUGUGGAAAAUUCUUUACCUCCAACUCCAACCUAAUUAAACACCGGAGAGUUCACACAGGAACAAGGCCUUAUGAGUGCAGUGAAUGUGGGAAAUUCUUUAACCAAAGCCCUAGCCUCAUUAAACAUCAAAGAAUUCACACUGGUGAGAGGCCUUAUGAGUGUAGUGAAUGUGGUAAACUUUUUAGCCAAAGCUCUACUCUCAUUAAACACCAGAGAGUUCACACUGGAGCAAGGCCUUAUAAGUGCAUUGAAUGUGGAAAACUUUUUAGCCAAAGCUUUGGCCUCACACAACACCGGAGAGUUCAUACUGGAGAACGACCAUACGAGUGCAGAGAAUGUGGAGAAUUCUUUAGCCAAAGUACCCAACUUACUCAGCACCGAAAAGUUCACACCAGAGAAAGGCCUCAUGAGUGCAGCAAACAUGGAAACGUCUUCAGUCAAAGGUCUUCUCUGAUUGAGCACCAGAAACCUGACAGCCCAGAUAGACCUUAUGAGUGCAGCAACUGUGGGAAAGCCUUGAGCUGAAGGUCUAACCUCAUUCGACACUGGAAAGUUCAUGCUGGAGAAAAGGCCUUAGAAUGAGAUGGUGAAGGUGGGGAAUGAGCUAUCUCCCUAUUUAAUGUAACACGCUGGAGAGCCUUUGUGCGAGAGCCGUCAGCUGGAAU